AUGUCUGGUGGUAAAGGUGGUAAAGCUGGCUCUGCUGCUAAAGCUUCUCAAUCCAGAUCAGCUAAAGCUGGUCUAACGUUCCCAGUUGGUAGAGUUCACAGAUUGCUCAGAAGGGGUAACUAUGCGCAAAGAAUUGGUUCAGGUGCUCCAGUUUACUUGACUGCCGUUUUGGAGUAUUUAGCCGCUGAAAUUUUGGAAUUGGCAGGAAAUGCCGCUAGAGACAACAAGAAGACAAGAAUCAUUCCAAGACAUUUGCAGCUGGCUAUAAGAAAUGAUGAUGAAUUGAACAAACUUCUAGGUAAUGUUACCAUUGCUCAAGGUGGUGUCUUGCCAAACAUCCACCAAAACUUAUUGCCAAAGAAAUCCGCUAAACCGGGUCAGGCCUCUCAAGAGUUAUAA